AGCCUGCAAUGUAUGGUUUUUUCAGUUCAAGAUUAGCUUUGAAUAAGAGUGUUUCUCUGUUGGUCUCAAAUGUCCAACUAUGUAUUCUUCCUUUUCACUCAUUAUUCGCAAUCAUAUCCUUCUCGUCUACCAUAUCUUCUGAUUUGAAUGAGCACUCAUUUAUUGUCUCAUACCUCAUAAAUUCAUGUGGAUUAACCUUAAAAUCUGCUCAAUCUAUCUCUAAGAGGGUAUGGUUUGAAACCCCUGAAAGACCCGACUCAGUAUUAAGGUUUUUCAGGGAACAUGGGUUCUCUGAUUCCCAUAUCUCCAAAAUUGUUAAGUAUCGGCCCCGUUUGCUUUUAGCGAAACCAGAAAAGACAUUCUUGCCCAAGCUUGAGUUUCUGCGUUCUAUAGGGGUUUCAAGAUCAGGCCUUCCUAUAUUUGUUUCUAGGAAUCCAGAGUUGUUGAGUCGAAGUUUAGAGCGGUGUCUGAUCCCAAUUUAUGAAAUCCUUAAAACUAUACUUAUUUCUGAUGAGAAAGUAGUUAAGACCCUGAAUCGCAUGGAAAACAGAUCUUUGUGCUCUUUUCAGAAAACAUUUUCUAACAAUUUAUCAUUCUUAAGAGGGCUUGGAAUCUCUCAAUCUUCCAUCUCUUACUUGGUCACCCAAAGUCCCUCAGUCAUGUGCCAAAAAGCGGGCAAUUUUGCUGAACUAGUCAAGAAGGUUAUGAAUCUAGGAUUUGACCCUUCAGAAUUUAUAUUUGUUAUUGCUAUCCAUGUUUUUCGUUCGAUGUCACACAAAACAUGGGAACACAAAAUGGAGGUUUAUGGGAGAGUGGGUUUGUCUACAGAUGAGAUUUGGUCGAUGUUCAGAAAGCAUCCCAAAUGUAUGUCUUUGUCUGAGAAGAAGGUCACUGGCAUGAUGAAUUUUCUUGUGUGCAAGAUGGGUUGGCAGGCUGCUGCGGUUGCCAGAGUUCCAAGCAUUCUUUUUCUUAGCUUGGAGAAGAGGAUUAUGCCUAGAUGUUCAGUUGUAAGAGUUUUGCUUUUAAAGGGUUUGAUUAAGGCUGACUUCCAUUUAUCUUCGGUGUUGAUACCUUCUGAAAAGAACUUCUUGGAAAGUUUUGUGAUCAAGCAUCAAGAACAGUUGCCUCAAUUGUUGGAUCUUUAUCAGGGAAAAAUGAGUCUUACAGAACUUGGCUUUGGCUUUGAUGAUAAAUCUAGGAUUUCUGAAUUGUUGAUGAUCAUUUACAUGCCAGACUUCAUCAUCAUGCGAGUAUCUUAAGAAAUGUGGUGAAACUUUAAUGUUCAAGAGGCAAAAGGAAGCAACCUAAAGGCAAACAAGACAGAUUUGAGGUCCCCGGAAUGUGACAUUGAUCAUGCGCACUUAAGCAGCACCGAAAAGCCAGACUCAGUGCUAAGGCUUCUCAGGGAACAUGGAUUGGUCAAUUCCCGCAUCUCCAAAUUUGUUAAAGCUACGGCUACUUGAGCCUUCAGCUUAGGGCUAAGUAUUUGGUUCAAGCUGAAUUGAACUAUCAAAAUCGAAUUAUCAUAUUUUAAAAAUCUAAGCGAAUUAAAAUAUAUGAAAAAUCGAAUCAAACUAAAUUAGUUUGGUUCUAUUUAAAUCAAUCAA